UAUGUAGACGCGCAGAGGCAGGGAGGUUUUUUCAGGUUUUAAAAAUAUAAAGAGGGACACACCCAAAAACCGAAACCCAGGGCAAAGCUGAAGAGCUCUGGUUGGAAUCUGCCUCGGUUAUAUUUCCAUUUUUUUUCUCAUUCAUUACCCAAAAUUCAAUUCCUGACUUCAAAUCCCAUGCGUUACCCCAACACCACCCAUCACCUCUUUUGAGCCCUUUUUUCACUUGCGAGACUAUCUCAAAAUGCAAUCAGGGUUCAAUUCCGGCAAUCAGGGUCUGCCGGAUUUUUACGCCGGAGGAGGGAGAUCGAUCGGCAGCACCAUGAGCAACCACCCUUCACAGCCUCAGUACCAACGAUCCCAGCUUCCGGGGCUGUUCAUGGACCCCACUGGUCCUCAGAUCGGUCGCCAAACGCAGAAUCUGCACCACAAUACAGCCGGGCUCAUCGGAAAAAGGUCUCUGGCCGAGUAUCAAUAUCAACAGCACCAAAACCCCUACCAGCAGAAUCUGACUAACCAGCAAAAUAUCUAUCUGCGGUCGCUCAAGCCCAAAACUACAGCCAAUUAUCAGCACUCAAAUUUCCAACACGCCUCCCCAAUCUCGCCUCUGUCACCAAUUGACUUUUCAUCUGCCUCGUCAUAUACAGGUUCGGAGAAUUCCAACACUUCUUCCACAACAUCCUCCAUGUUUUCGCAGCGAUAUAGGUUGCCCCUUCUUCAACAGCUCCGGCCGCAACCGGUAAUUAACCCGAUGUUUCAGGCAUCCUCAUCGCCUUACGUCAACCAUAACAACACUGUGCAGCCUCUUCAGAAUCAGAUUGUUCAGAACCGGGUUCCGGUUUCGGCGAUCGAGUCUGAGAAGAAGAUGAAUAACCCGGUUUCGUCUGUUGAUUCUGAGAAGAAGAUGAUUGACCACAGGCUACAGGAAUUGGAGAAGCAGCUCCUCGAUGAUAACGAUGAGGAGGAGGAAGGAGGCGACGCCGUUUCGGUUAUUACUAAGACCAACAGCGAGUGGUCCGAGACGAUACAGAAUCUGAUCGGUCCGAAUCAGACGACCCAGAAGCCGGUCUCGCCGUCGCCCACUUCGUCGUCGUCUUCAUCCUCCUCGGUGGCGUCUCCGGCGACUCUGACGUGUUCAAAGCAGUCGCUGAUGGAGGCCGCAUCGGCCAUUUCAGAAGGGAAAUCCGAGGCCGCGGCUGAGAUCCUCACGCGCCUGGCCCAGGUCACGAACCCGAGACCCAAUUCGGAGCAGAGGCUGCUUGAGUUCAUGGCUUCGGCGUUGAAGUCGCGGGUCAACCCGGUGGAUAAUCCGCCGCAGGUGUCGGAGCUUUUUACCCAGGAACACGCCGGGUCGACCCAGUGUCUCUACGAGCUCAUACCUUGCUUCCGCCUCGGUUUCAUAGCCGCUAACCUGGCAAUUCUGGAAGCCACAUUAGCGGACCAGUCGACGACCAAUAAGGUCCAUGUGAUUGACUUCGAUAUUGGGCAGGGCUUUCAGUACAGGCACCUCCUGCACGAGCUCUCCACGCGCCCGAAUGGGAAAUCCUCCGUCGUCAAAAUCACCACCGUUCCUGAUAAUGGCGGCGAGGACAGGUUGAGGUCAGUCCGUCAGAAUCUGAGCCAAAUGGCGAAGAAAUUGGGUGUGGGUCUUGAAUUCAACGUUGUGAGUCAGAAGCUGAGCGAGCUGAACCGGGAAUCGCUGGGAUGCGAACCGGACGAGCCGAUCGCCGUGAACUUCGCUUUCAAAUUGUACAGCAUGCCGGACGAGAGCGUCUCCACGGACAACCCCCGAGACGAGCUCCUGCGGCGCGUGAAGGGACUCGCCCCGCGCGUGGUAACGCUGGUCGAACAAGAGCUCAACACCAACACCGCUCCAUUCAUGGCGCGCGUGAACGAGUCGUGCGCGUAUUACGGGGCCCUGAUGGACUCGGUCGAGGCGGUGGCGAAUGACCACCAGGACCGAGUCAAAGCGGAGGAGGCGCUGAGUCGCAAGCUCGCGAACUCGGUCGCUUGCGAAGGGAGGGACCGCGUUGAAAGAUGUGAAGUGUUUGGGAAGUGGCGGGCCCGCAUGGGAAUGGCUGGGUUCGAGUUAAGGAGAAUGAGCCAAAGCAUGACCGAGUCGUUAGGCCAUCGACUCUGUUCGGGCAACCGAGUCCACCCGGGCUUCACCGUCAAAGAAGAAAACGGAGCCGUUUGCUUCGGUUGGAAAAGCCGCACUCUCACUGUCGCAUCAGCUUGGCGUUAACUUCACUCACUCCCAUUCCGUUUUUUUUUUUUUUAAUCAUUUUCUCUCGAAUAUUAUUAAUUGUUAUAAAAAUACUCCUUUUUAUUA